AUGUCAUUUCUUGAAAAUAAACCUAUUACAACAACAACAACAACGCCAACAAGUGUGAAAAUAAACGAUCAUGUUACAAAACAACCAUCAGAAGUAAUCAAAUGGAAUAAACCAGUUUAUUUAGAAUUGAAUGAAAAUGGUCAGGUAAGAUGAUGAUUCCUUAUUCAUUUUUCUUUGCAUCAUCAACAUGUCAUAUUUAUAUUGUAGUCGGUAUUACCUUUUUCGCGUCGAAUCAUUGACAUCAAAGCGCCAUGGUUGAUCAGAAAAGAGCAACUACAACAACAAUCAUCACUAAUAGCAAAUGAUUCUACAGGUUCUCACACCCCAGUAUAUGGAAAUAUGGAAGAAAAAAUGAUGAGGACGGACAAGUAUUUUUAUAUCAUUGACAAAGCGUAAGGAUUUAUUUAUGUUCAUCUCAAUUUUACCUCUAUUUUAUCUUUUUGUAACAAUCAAUAGAGAGUUCUACGAAAGAGUGGUUGACUUUGUAACAGAUAUUGAGAAGCAUCAUUACACGCGCUAUCCUCGUCCAUGGUAUCCAUGUGAUGAUGAUUAUUUCGACGAUGACGACGAUGUAUUUGAUGACGAUAGUGAUCUUGAUGAUGACUACAAUCAUGCGAAUAAUACCGUUACCUUUCCUGCUGUAUUCGACCAAGAACUAGAAAAUGUUCAACGAUUUCUAUAACUGAACUAGAAAACAUGGCGACAACAACAAUUUGUAUUUUUUAGAACACGACGAUUAUAUAUCUUUUUUUUUCUUGUCUUUUUUCUAUGUGUGUGGAAACUACCCUGAUGUUUUUUAACUGUUGCUCUCAGGAUCUACCAGGGUCUCGGUGUGGGUGCCGCGAAAUUCUAGUACACCUUAGUAGACUCUGAUAGACCCUAAUCAGAUAAAUAAAUAAAUAUUCACUUAUCAGUUAAACUAACAUUCUCUUUCAAUUUCUCUCCAAUUUGUUUUCCAAUGUUACUUUCACACCAAUAGUUGGUCUUUUAAUAAUAUUAUUUUCUAUUUUAAUCGAUAACAAGUCUUCAAUUGAUGAUGAACUUAAAUGUAAUUAUAUAACUAAUUAUUCGUCAAUACCUUUAAAUCUAUUAAUGAAUCUAUCAAAACCGUUCUCGACCAACCACAUUGAGACAUCUUCAUUUGACCAAUCCAUAUAUUAGCAAUCUAAAAUUGAGUAGAAAAACAUGAAAAAUAUCAGCUAAAUAAUUUUAACUUUUCUAAAGUCUUCAAUAAACACCGAAAAUGACAGAUUUCUAAGCACGUCGAAUAGAUUUAUCAGCAUAAUGAUACACAAAAGAAUUAUUCAACAAGAUUUAAACGAAAGAUACACGAAUGAAACAUUCAUUAUAUAUCCGAUAAAAGUCUUCUGCUUUAUGUGUUAAAAAUUCAUUUUUAUUUAAUACAAGAUUGACAUCGGAUGAUAUAAUUUCGUAGCACCACAAAGUUUCUUUCAAUGUCACAGUAUCACAGGAAUGAACACUAAAACGCCAUUCUUUUUAAAAAUAUCCACAAACCUUUCAUAUUGAGUUUUAUAAGCAUCCAGGACCGGUUUCAAUCUUGCUCAAGAAUCUCAUCAGAUCGACCCUCACCUCGCAAUUACUGUUUUUUUCAAAAAGCAUCAUUAAUAUUGGAUGUAUAUUCGUUUUCGUCGAUAUAACAGGUAUUUCAUGGGGAAUUUGAACAGAGCCAUCUCAUGAGAUCCUUAAGCAAGAUCGAAACCGGUCACGGCAGCUUAUCACUGAAAACAAUCACGAGAAAAAAUUUUUGUCAAAUUGUGUUAAAUUAUACAUCACAAGAAUCAGCUUUUUACGGUGAUUAACAAUCAGUGAUUGGUUUUGAGAAAAGAUGAAAUUUCAGAAAAAAUACACUGACAUCAGGGGCCCAAUCACCAGUAUACGGUGAAAACAUCCGAAAUGUUCAAUUUUCUUUCUAAUUGAAGCAAUUAACUAUCAUUCGACGUCAUUUUUCAUGCUGAUUCCGAAUCUGUCAUUGGUUUUGAGAAAAGAUGAAAUAUAAGAAAAAAACCGUCAGAUCAGCAUACAUGUAACACUUGAAACUUGAAUUCAAGUAUUUCAACUAUUUCAACUAUUUCAAGUAUUUCAACUUCAACGAUUCCAACCACAUAUGACUCACAUGAGCUACACGCACACACAAGCGUCGCAGGUGAGGGUGCCGCGAACAUACUAUGGGUUAUUUAAUUUCAAUCUGAAUUUAAACAGAAAAAAGAGCACUUGAUUUCAAAUUGACAUAAGGGACUAAGGGGACAAAGGGGACUAAGCGGACUAUUCAGUGGGGAAGCGUGUUUCGUCACCUAACACAGCUUUUAUUUCAGCGUCGCGGCGUGGGGGCGCUUCGCGCCCCCCGAAGAGCCGCGACCCAUCCACGCCUCUGUGUACAUCAAUAUUCCUACCCUUAGUCCGCUUAGUUAGUCCCCUUAGUCCCCUUAGUUCUCCUAGCCCGCCCUCAAAAAAGGUACUAUAGAUAUAACAUAUGUCGACUGAAUUCUAUAUAUCUUAUGUAUGUAUACAUAGUAGCCUUUUUUAUAAGAAACAGGAGGCAAGAAAUCAAAGAAUUCUUGAAUUCUGAAUUCAAAGAACUUCUUACUCCACUUAGUAACUCUGCCUUGGUAAAAAUGGGCUGCUAUUUCUUUUCAAAAUUCAAUUUGAAAUAAAAAAAACCUACACUCGCCGCAAAAGGAGUUUCACCACGUAUGACUCACACGGGCUACACGCACACACAAGCGUCGCAGCUGAGGGUGCCGCGAAAGGACUUUCACCAGGUAUGACUCACAUGAGCUACAUGCACACACAAACGACGCAGGUGAGGGUGUGGCCAAAAUACUUGAAAUAGUUGAAAUAGUUGAAUUCAACUUUUAAGUUUGACAUUACUGUAGAUCAGGGGCCCAAUCACCAGUAUACGGUGAAAACUUGCAAAUUUUCUAUUUUCCUUCCAAAUUCAAAGAGUUAUCUAUCAUUCGACGUCAUUUUUCAUGCUGAUUCCGAAUCUACGAUGGGUUUUGAGAAAAGAUGAAGCAUAAGGAAAAAAACGUCAGAUCACGGCCCCAUUUGCUCGAUUUUGACCCGAAUUUUGUCGAUCAUGGAAGCAUAUAAUUGAGUGAUAUUUUAGCGUAGACUAAGUGCGUAUCAAACCCCCUAUUCUUUCUAGACCCCCGUUCCUUCAUACCCAGUUCCACCGGCUUCGCCGGGUCAAAGCCCCUCCUAGAUAGUAAAAAAUAGAAAAUGGUAAAAAAUCAAGAAAACAGCGUU